AUGAAUCGACCAUCUGGAACUAAAAGAGUAUUACAGAUCAUCGUAUUGAUCUGUUGUGACGUUUCUCUGAAACCAACGAUGUGGGUGGUGUUGAGUUGGUUUUGGAUCGAGGACCUAGAUCGUUCUGUUGGUGUUAUGGAUUUCUUAGGAACAACAGAUAGAAUAAAGGCCAAGCUACUGAGCGGAAGAUAUGUAAACCAGUUAUUGGAGGGAGUUGUGUUAGGAGUUGAAGGGUUAGAGAAUUUAACAAACGAUCCAACAUCUCAGCGAAUUGAUUAUUUAAUCGAAUCAUUUGUAAUUGAUGUUGAUUAUGAGUUUGAUCUUGGAGUUCGGAUAGGAAAUCAGGGAAUAAUUGGAGGAACUUUUCGCGAUAAGUUCCAUCUUGUUGACUCUUGUAAUCAUUCUCAUUUCUCACAGGAACGAUCAACAGCAAACGUUGAUAAAAGUACAAUUCUCUGUCUUCUAUAUUGA